AUUUGGUUAGUGACAUGGGAACAGGGCAGCUUUUCUCAAGCUUCUCGUCAAAAAAAGGUUACUGCAGGUGAUUCUUGUUGGUAUGAACGUAGCAGACCGGAAUACCUAGUGAAGAACUCAGUAAAGCGAUGUCUACCAGCGAUAAAUGGGCAGGGCAAUGUCUCUGCGGCUGGAUCCUGUUCCCAGACGCGGAGGCGGCUACCCCAGGAAUCCCCACCUUCGAGGUCCCUGUAGCUCCAGAAUGGACCUCGGCUCCGGCUCAUCCCAUCAUCCAUCUCCCGUACGAUGAGACCAAAGACUCCUCUUUCAAAAGGGAGUAGAGAUCCAUACCAUUGACAUUGUCCUCGUCUCCUGCACCUCCAGCCUCUCGAACUAACGUGCAACCCGCCCACCUUUGAGACGACUUGCACUAUCCAUUUACCUCUGCCCCAGAGUCCCAAUAUGACGUCCAGAGUCCCAGCUAUCGUACUGGAUCGCCUCAGCGAUCGCGCAAAGGAGGCGCUCGAUCUCGUUGCCAAGUUCGUCGAGGAGGAGUGCAUACCCGCCGACCCUAUUUUGGAAGCCCAGAUUGGCCAAGGUGACGAGAGAUGGAGCCAGCACCCGGCAAUCGUUGAGGACCUCAAGACCAAGGCCAGGAAGCUCGGUCUCUGGAACAUGUUCCUGCCCAAGGGCCAUUACAAGGAGUCACCGGGCUUCACGAACCUCGAGUAUGGCCUCAUGGCGGAAUGGCUCGGCAAGUCGAGAGUAGCCUCCGAAGCUUUCAACUGCGCAGCGCCCGAUACCGGCAACAUGGAGGUUCUCGCCAAGUACGGAAACGACGAGCAGAAGAACAAGUGGCUCAAGCCUUUGAUGGAGGGCCAGAUCCGCUCUGCCUUCCUGAUGACGGAGCCUGACGUCGCCUCUUCGGACGCGACCAACAUCCAGCUCAGCAUACGGAAGGAGGGCAAGGAAUACGUUCUCAACGGCUCGAAAUGGUGGUCCAGUGGCGCUGGCGACCCCCGGUGCUCGAUUUAUAUCGUCAUGGGCAAGAGUGACCCCAACAACAAGGACCCUUACAGACAACAAUCCGUGAUUCUUGUUCCCGCGGGCACUAAGGGUAUUACAAUCCACCGCAUGCUGCAAGUUUACGGCUACGACGACGCGCCCCACGGCCACGGCCACAUCACCUUCAAGGACGUCCGUGUACCUGCCAGCAACCUCGUCCUCGGCGAAGGCCGCGGCUUUGAGAUUAUCCAGGGCAGACUCGGUCCCGGCCGCAUUCACCACGCCAUGCGGACCAUUGGAGCGGCCGAGCGCGCCCUCGAAUGGAUGCUGAUGCGCAUCAACGACCCCACCAAGACGCCCUUCGGCAAGCAGCUGCGGGAGCACGGCGUUAUUCUCGAAUGGGUGGCCAAGUCCCGUAUUGAGAUUGACGCCGCUCGUCUUGUCGUUCUCAACGCCGCUAUCCGGAUGGACGACCUCGGCCCCAAGAAGGCCCUUAAGGAGAUCGCCGAGGCCAAGGUUCUCGUCCCGCAGACGGCCCUGACGGUCAUCGACCGCGCUAUCCAGUCCUUUGGCGCUGCCGGUGUUUGCCAGGACACGCCGCUCGCGAGCAUGUGGGCCAACAUUCGGACGCUGCGGCUCGCCGAUGGCCCCGAUGAGGUGCAUCUGCAGCAGCUCGGCAGGAACGAGAACAAGAGGGGCAAGGAAGUUACGGAUAAGAUCCAGUGGCAGAAGCAAAAGACGGAGCAGCUGAUGGCCCAGUACAAGACCAAGACAACGCAGCCGGGGGCCAACAUUAACCGGUCCAGGUUGUGAGUUGCGUCAGCGGUUGUCUUCUGUAGUUGAAUAAAAUCGUGUGUACAAUAUCAGUCAGAAAUGUCGCUGCGAGUUGUCAUCGGGGAAUGUACGCCAGAAUGAAAUGAGAUACUUCAACGGUUGGCCUGCCGCCUCCAUUCCAUCUGACUCACACUUGGGG